AUGUCUGCCGUAGGCGAAAGCGACGUGCCCUCAAAUCCCACUCCAACAAAACCCAAUGGCGCUGUGAGCACUACACCUCCACAAGCCACCCAAUGCACCAGGCAGUUCAUGACCUCCGUGGCGUCCAAGAUCGCCUCCCAGCCUCUCCAGAAUUACGAUCCUGGAGUCUGGGGCGUCCUCACCGCCAUUUCCGACCAGGCCCGUAAACGCAGCCAGGGUAUAAAUAUCCUUUUGACUGCUGAUGAGCAUUACAUUGGCCGAACCGUGGCUGAUGUGCGUUUCCAGAUUGAAUCCACUGCGGUUAGUGCAAGACAUUGCAAGAUAUACAGGAAGAUGGUUGCUAAUGGAGACACGAAACAUCCAUCGGUAUUCUUGAAAGAUAUGAGCACAAAUGGGACAUAUCUCAACUGGAAGAAGUUGACAAAAGGUGGCCUUGAAGCUGAAGUACGCCAUGGAGAUAUUAUAUCACCUUCUGCACCUCCUCAGCAUGAUGUUGCAUUUGCAUUCGUAUACAGAGAAGUUUUAGUGUCCAAUACCAGUACAGAUGGUGCAUUUGCAAAAAGAAAAGCAGAGGAUUUUGUUUCUGAUACGAAGAGACUAAAAGGUAUUGGCAUUGGUGCUCCGGAGGGUCCUAUAUCUCUUGAUGAUUUUCGAAGUCUUCAACGGUCAAACACGGAAUUGAGGAAGCAAUUAGAAACUCAAGUUGUUACAAUUGAUACAUUGCGCAAUGAGAAUCGUCUGGCUGUUGAGCGUCAUGAAAAUGAAAAGAAAGAAUUGAAAGAAUCAGUUGCAAGACCGUACCUUGAUCAACUCAGUGAGUUGCAUCACACUCUGGAGAUUAAACAGAAGGAUCUGGUAGAGGCCAGUAGAAUAUCUGCAGAAACAAAACAUGCUAUCGAAGACCUCAAUGAAAGGCUCAGUGCUGCUAUGCAGUCAUGUUCUGAAGCAAAUGAAAUAGUGAAUAGUCAGAAAGCAUCUAUAGCUGAACUCAAGGCACAACUGGAUGAAGAGCGCAAUCAGAGAAGAGAAGAACGAGAAAAGGCUGCAGCAGAUCUAAAAGCAGCAGUGCAGAAAGCUCAACUAGAGGCUGAAGAGGAAAUAAAACGAUUUUCGGAUGCUGCCACGAGACGACAGAGAGAGCAACAAGAAGUAAUUAAUAAGCUUCAGGAAUCAGAGAGAGAAACAUGUUUACUAGUAGAAACCUUGAGAACCAAAUUGGAAGACACUAGGCAAAAGUUGGUUAUCUCUGACUAUAAAGUUCGCCAGCUUGAAACCCAACUUUCUGAAGAGCAGUCAACCUCCGAAAGUCGAAAAAUAAGAGUAGAAGAACUUGAACAUGAGAUGAGAGGAUUGCGGAAAGAGCUUGAGAGUGAAAAGCAGGCGGCUCGAGAAGAAGCAUGGGCCAAAGUUUCUGCCCUCGAACUAGAGAUAAAUGCUGCUAUGCGAGAUCUUGAUUUGAGAGACGGAGACUUAAAGCUGCCAGAGAAAGAAUUAUGCUUAGACCCCCCAAGUUUUCGGAUUGUACAAAUUUUUGUACUCUUAACAUUUGGUCAAUUCUUUUUAAACAACACAAAUGGAGGUCAAUCUUCUAUCAGGGUUUUUUUGGUUGGGGGGGAGACACAGCUAAGAGCAUUUUAUUCCACAACCGAGGAGAUUUCUGUACUUUUUGCUAAACAGCAGGAACAGUUGAAAUCAAUGCAGAGGACGCUGGAAGAUGAGGAAAAUUAUGAUAACACAUCAGUUGAUAUUGACCUCAAUGUGACUGUUGGUGAUAUAAGUGGAACUGAAGGCAGAGGAAAUGAAGCAAUCAGAUAUCAUAAUAACAUUCCUGGUAAAGCAGGGUCAGCUACAACACUGCAGAGGUCUGACAGAAAUCAAGUUGUAACUUCUAGUGAUGAAGUUAGUGUUACAGAGAAGCAUGACUGUGAUAUCAGAAGCCAAGAAGGUCAACAUACCGAAGAGGUAGAAUUUACAAGUGCAGACCAUGGGGUCAAGGGUGGCUUUGGUUCUGAGAUUGAUGGUGUUGGCACGGCACCAAUUAUGGAGGGAGAUGGCAUUGAGACUGAGCAUGUUCCUGAAACUGAAAGCCCUGGAAUCAAUGGUGAGCAGAAUAUUGAUCUGAAUAAGAUUGUCACUUUUGAUGGGGAUACGAUGCAACUUGAUGAUGAAGCCAACAUACAAGAAAACGAUGAGCAGGUUCCAAUGAUUUGUCAGGAGCGUCACUCUCAAUCAAAUAGCCCCUGUGAAACUCUAAAAGAUAUGGGAGAUACAGAAGGCUGUGGCGCAAUCAGGACAGCAGACCUUAUAGCUUCUGAAGUUAUUGGUAGCUGGGCUUGCAGCACAGCCCCUUCUCUCCGUGGAGAUAAUGAAUCUCAAAGAAGUAGAGACAACAAUGAGGAAGGUGCUGCUGGGCCACACGACUCCACUGAUCAGGUGGCUGAGAGCCAAAGUAAUCCCUCUUCUGAUGCUGCUGCCAGAAGACAGAAUCGCGAACGUCAUGCACUGAGUGAAAUGAUUGGGAUUGUUGCUCCAGACUUAAAAGGGCAGUUCGGUGGAAUUGUGGAUGAUAGUGAUGAUCACGGGAGAGAAAAGAGGGUACUGCAUCCGACUCAGAUACCGAGAGUUGUUCGAACAAUGAAGAAGAUAACAGAACUGAUGCUAAAGGUGGAUCAAUGUCGGAUUCAGAGACUGAGGGUAGUGAUCAGGUUGCCGAAGAUAAAAAAUUGGGUGAUGCAAUGGAUGAAGAUGAACAAGAUACAGAAGAUUCUCUUGGAUAAUAGGCGUGUAAUGAAUGCACUGACUACUCUAAUACUUAUCUAG